AUGAGCAAAAAACUCGGGAAUUCUAUUGAAAAGGAGUCUGGUGCGAAUGCCGGUUCAUCAGGGGCGGCUACUGUCGAUGCCGGUUCAUCAGGGGCUGCUGACGAGGCUGGUUCACCAGGGGUUGCUGCCGAGGCUGGUUCAUCAGGGGCUGGUGCCGAGGCUGGUUCACUAGGGGUUGCUGCCGAGGCAGGUUCAUCAGGGGCUGCUGCCGAGGCAGGUUCAUCAGGGGCUGUUGCCGAGGCCGGUUCAUCAGGGGCUCUAGUGGCAGAGGAGAAGAGCAGUGAAAAAAAGAAAAAGAAAAUCAAAGUAGUUGCUACAAAGGGUAAAGCAAAAAAGGUUGAAAAAAGAGUGAAAGAAAAGCAUAAUGUGAAGUUUGAGGAUCCAGACAGUGAAGAUGCUGUUGAUGAAGUGCAGAAAUUAAAAUCUGUUGUUUAUGGGACGUUGCGUAAUAGGAUGUCACCUUCAUCUGUUGUUAAUGUUAAUAAGGAGUUUUCUGAAGAUCAGUUGACUGCCAUUAGAGCUAUAGGAUUUGGGUCUUUGGAGUUUUUGAAAGUGUCCCAACUGCCUUUGCAAUUGGGUUUUUGGUUAGUCAAGCACUUUGAUGCUCAUAGUUGUACGUUGAAUAUUCCUGAUUCCGAUCCUUUCAAAAUUACGGAACAACAUGUACAUGAUGUCCUAGGGCUGCCAGCUGGAGGCAUGGAGAUGGAUGCUAAUAUUUUUUCAAAGGAUGAUAAAGUUAUUAACCAGUGGAAAAAACAGUUCCCAAAGAACUCAUUAUCUGUGAACAUUAGGGAACUUUCAAUGUACUUGAAGAACCAUAAAUCAGCUGGGCCAAUGUUCAAACGCAAUUUCGUAGUUCUUUGUGUUUCCACUUUAAUGUCAGGAGGACAAAACAAGAAUGUUAAUCAUGACGUUCUCAGAUAUUUGAGUAAUGUGGCUAAAAUCAAGGAUUUAAAUUGGUCGAAGUUUAUCCUUGAUUCUCUUGUGAAGGCGAAGAUCAAAUGGGAUGAGCUUCCUACUCGCUACUUUCCAGGAUCUUUAUUAUUUCUUAUGCUUUUAUAUGUUGAUCAUUUUGUCAUUGAGGAAGUUAGAGCGAAACGAGAAACUCUUGUUCUCAAAGGCUGGACAACGAAUAUGUUGUCUAGCCGUGAGAAAUUGGAAAUUUUUAAGGGGAGGCUUGGAAUUUUCGAUAAAAAUCUGAAGGUUGUUGGUCCUUCUGGCAGCAAACAACCAAAAAUGGAAACAUCUGUUCCAACUGUUCCACAAACUAAUGAAGAUGUUGAAGUAGAUCCAAAGAAGGUAUUUAUAUGAUUUUUAAUGUAGAUCUAAUAUUAAUUUAUUUUGUUGUUUAAUGACAUCCAUUCUAACUCAAUGUUCUGAAUUCUAUUCUGUGAAGUUUGGUUGGCAAAAUUGGGUUGUGGAGUAUCAGCAACAGUUGAAUAAUGAUGCAAUGUGUCACUCUAUUAUGGCGCAUCAAUGGAGUAGAGAAAUCAGCAAAAAAAUAUUUGCUCAUU